CGGGCUCGGGGGAGCGGACGGAGGUGCCUCGGGGUGGUUUGUUUUCAAGCGGCACCAAACGGUACUGAAGCAUCGUGGUGUGUUUUCCGUUUAGUUUUUUUAACGAGUGACUGGAAAGAGGGAAGGUUUCCAAGAAGAAACCAAGUUAGGGUUACCUAGGCGACUCUUAGAACUCUUAGGAAGGAGGCCUCGAGGGAAAAUUCACGGCACUUUAUCGUUUUGAUUGGGUAAUUGGGUCUGAAGUUGAACCAGAAUAUUUGGCCAUCCUUAAAUACUGAGUGUUGUGUAAAUGAGAUUUGUGUUGGGGGGAAAAAUGUCUGCAGGUUUUGCCCUGUAAAGCUGUCUUAGUACCGGUGUCCCCAUGAGGUUUCUAGACCACUCGGUUGGAAUACUGAUAAACUCUAGGAAUAUAUUACUAAUAACUUACGCAGCAGUUCACAUUGCUGCUCAGUGGAUUUGUAUACAUGGGGGCGGGGGGGAUCCAAACGACACGUGUUUAGCUACCUUUUUGUGUCAUGCAAACUUCGUUUUAACUGUCAUGCAUUUUUCUAGUAAUAGCUCUUGGAGUCUGCAAUAAAAAAUGGCCUCCAAUAAAACUACAUUGCAAAAAAUGGGAAAGAAACAGAAUGGAAAGAGUAAAAAAGUUGAAGAGGCAGAGCCUGAAGAAUUUGUAGUGGAAAAAGUAUUGGACCGACGUGUAGUGAAUGGGAAGGUGGAGUAUUUCCUGAAGUGGAAAGGAUUCACAGAUGCUGACAAUACUUGGGAACCUGAAGAAAAUUUAGAUUGUCCAGAGUUAAUUGAAGCAUUUCUUAAUUCUCAAAAAGCUGGUAAAGAAAAAGAUGGUACAAAAAGAAAGUCUUUAUCUGACAGUGAAUCUGAUGAUAGCAAAUCAAAGAAGAAAAGAGAUGCUGCUGAUAAACCAAGAGGCUUUGCCAGAGGUCUUGAUCCUGAACGAAUAAUUGGUGCCACAGACAGCAGUGGAGAGUUAAUGUUUCUUAUGAAAUGGAAAGAUUCAGAUGAGGCUGAUUUGGUGCUGGCAAAAGAGGCAAAUAUGAAGUGUCCUCAAAUUGUAAUUGCUUUCUAUGAAGAAAGACUAACUUGGCAUUCUUGUCCAGAAGACGAAGCCCAAUAAUUGUUUGCAUUGCUUUUUAUAUAUAUUUAUACAUAUAUAUAAAAUCUGGGUCUUGGUUGGUUUUUUUUGUUUUUUUUUUUUGAUUUAUUAGUGUGAAGAAAGAACUACAUUAUAAUGAAAAUCAAGUUUGA